CUGAGGACACUGACACACCGGAGCUCGCGCAGACCGCACACACCUCCACACGGACCCGGAGACUCCACCAUGGCGCUGACCAACGACCCCACCUACAAGAAGCUGGAGCAGUGGUACAAGGAGCGCGCGGGCAGCCUGAACAUGAGGGCCAUGUUCGAGUCCGACCCGGACCGCUUCAGCAGGUUCAGCACGACUGUGAACACGGACGACGGACAGAUCCUGCUCGACUACUCCAAGAACCUCAUCAACCAGGAAGUGCUGUCCAUGCUGCUCGCCAUGGCAAAGUCUCGUGGCGUGGAGGAGGCCAGAGAGAAGAUGUUCUCUGGAGAGAAGAUCAACUUCACUGAGGGUCGUGCCGUGCUCCACGUGGCGCUGCGUAACCGCUCCAACACGCCGAUCAGCGUUGACGGCAAAGACGUGAUGCCUGAGGUGAACCGCGUGCUGGACAAGAUGAAGGCCUUCUGCCACAGAGUUCGCAGCGGCGAGUGGAAAGGCUUCAGCGGGAAGAGCAUCACAGACGUCGUGAACAUCGGCAUCGGAGGCUCCGACCUGGGCCCUCUGAUGGUGACCGAGGCUCUGAAGCCGUACUCGGCUGGCGGUCCAAACGUUUGGUUCGUGUCGAACAUCGACGGGACUCACAUGGCGAAGACGCUCGCUCAGCUCAAUGCAGAGACCACGCUGUUCAUCAUCGCCUCCAAGACGUUCACCACUCAGGAGACCAUCACCAACGCAGAGUCUGCCCGGGAUUGGUUCCUGCAGACAGCCAAUGACAAAUCUGCGGUGGCCAAACACUUCGUGGCUCUCUCCACAAACGCAGUAAAGGUGAAGGACUUUGGCAUCGACACAGAGAACAUGUUCGAGUUCUGGGACUGGGUUGGAGGUCGUUACUCUCUGUGGUCUGCGAUCGGUCUGUCCAUCGCUCUGCAUGUCGGCUUUGAGAACUUCGAGCAGCUUCUCUCAGGAGCUCAUUGGAUGGACAACCAUUUCCGGAGUGCUCCUCUGGAUCAGAACAUUCCGGUUCUGCUUGCCGUGCUUGGCAUCUGGUACAUCAACUUCUUCCAGGCAGAGACUCACGCCAUGCUGCCGUACGACCAGUACAUGCACCGCUUCGCCGCCUACUUCCAGCAGGGCGACAUGGAGUCUAACGGGAAGUACAUCACCAAAGAUGGAACCAGAGUGAACUAUCACACCGGACCAAUCGUUUGGGGCGAGCCCGGGACCAACGGACAGCACGCCUUCUACCAGCUCAUACACCAAGGAACUCGUAUGAUUCCAGCUGACUUCCUCAUUCCUGCUCAGUCUCAACAUCCAAUCAGAGACAACCUCCACCACAAGAUCCUCGUGGCAAACUUCCUGGCUCAGACCGAAGCUCUGAUGAAGGGGAAGACGGCAGCCGAGGCUCGGGCGGAGCUGGAGGCCGCCGGCCUGAAGGGGGACGCCGUGGACACACUGCUGCCGCACAAGGUUUUCGAGGGAAACAAACCGAGCAACUCGAUCGUCUUCAAGAAGCUCAGUCCGUUCAUGCUGGGAGCGCUCGUCGCCAUGUACGAGCACAAGAUCUUCGUUCAGGGCGUCAUGUGGGACAUCAACAGCUACGACCAAUGGGGCGUGGAGCUCGGGAAGCAGCUGGCGAAGAAGAUCGAGCCGGAGCUGAAAGACGCCGCCGAGGUCACGAGCCACGACUCCUCCACCAACGGACUCAUCAGCUUCCUGAAGAAGAACUUCAUCUGAGUCCUCCUCUACUCCUCCGUCACCUCCUCCUCCGUCACCUCCUCCUCCACUCCUCCAUCACCUCCUCCUCCAUCACCUCCUCCUCCACUCCUCCAUCACCUCCUCCUCCAUCACCUCCUCCUCCACUCCUCC